GUGACAGCAACCGGAAGUGAAAUAUACCGAGAACACGAACUGUUGUGUUUGAAAAUCAUGUGCUUGCAGCAGACAGGACCUUGCUGCUCUCAUGUACCCGACACCCUUGUAUGCUCCGGCCGGUCAAGGAUCUUUUUCAGAUGUGUACGAACCAGCCGAAGAUUCGUUCCUCAUGAUGGAUGCUCUAGAGAAAGAUGCUGAUCGGCUGAAGGGUAGCAGGCCAUCCGUGUGUCUGGAGGUGGGAAGUGGGUCUGGUGUCCUCUCGGCCUUCCUUGCAUCUGUGGUCGGGCCUGAAGCAUUGUAUCUCUGCACUGAUGUGAAUCCAGCAGCGGCACACUGUACACUGCAGACAGCUCACUGUAAUGACCUGCAGCUGCAGCCAGUGAUCACUGACCUGGUCCAGUGUUUUUUGCCGAGGUUGAAUGGAAAAGUGGACGUGCUUCUUUUCAAUCCACCAUAUGUCAUCACACCAUCAGAAGAGGUAGGCAGUUGUGGGAUCGAGGCAUCGUGGGCCGGCGGGAUCCGUGGCAGAGAGGUGAUGGACCGAUUCUUUCCCAUGAUUCCACAGCUGCUGUCUGAUCAUGGCCUUUUUUAUCUUGUGACCGUUUCAGAGAACGAUCCAGAAGAGAUUGUGGAUUUGUUGGGGAAAUCAGGACUGAAUGGACACAAGUGUUUGUCACGUCAGGCUGGGCGAGAGAGACUUUCUAUACUGCGAUUCAGUAAGUCCUGAAUAGCAGAUGACCAUCGGCACAUGAAGACUGAAAUACACGUGAUGUCCAGCUUUUUCUCAUCCAAAGGGUUUAUUAGUAUCAUUAUAAAAAUCAAGCUGAUGUUUUGAGGUCCGUCCCUCUGCAGAACCAUCAGUAUUUCAGGCUGCGUUUGUUUCCAUAAAGUCUGCUGAAGCUCAACAACUGGGUCAGAAGGACCUAGUAAGUGAUUCCUAACGGAUUGAUGGGCAUUUUGACGGCACGAGCCCAUCAGCUGAGCCGUUUAUCCUGAUUGUGUCAGAUUCCUGCUGCUUCGGUUUCAUUCUUUCAGUUACACUCUGACUGGUUGUUUUUGAGCAGCGCAUGUUCACUAUGGAGUAUUAAACGCUGUUACUGACCUGCAGUGAAUUCCAGAGUGUCAGGAUACCAAAGUCAUUUAUCACAAAAACAA